AUGGCUCGCCAACCUCAGACGAGAUCCCUCCGGCAACUCCGCGGCGGCGGCGCCACCUCGCCGAGGGGGGCGGCGCAUCGUCGCUCGACCCAGGAGAGGAUCAAGUCCAUCCUUGAAGAGCAUCUCUUCCCCGGAGUGAUCCAAGUCGCCGGAGCCUUCUCCAAGCUCCGGUCGGCAGUAGCUGGGCUAUUCGGGAGGAGGAAAGACGAUCGCUGCGAUCUUAAGAUGAGGAGGAGGAAGCGGAGGAAGUACUUCUCCACGAUCCAGAUCGGCUAUGGCUGCUCUUCCUCUCCCGUUCUCCCUAUGGCGGGGCACCCCAGCGCCAUCGGCGUUGAUCCGAGCCAUCUGUACUACGAUUCCACGUGGAAUUCGGUGAUCACCACCACCUGCGAGGAGGAGGUUGAGUACAGCGUGGAGCCGCACCUCUCCGGGUACCUGCAAUGGCUGGAGGAGAGUCAGCCGGAGAACCCCGCGGGUGAGCACGAUGACCCCGGCGAGAUCGAUCGCCUCGCGGAGAGGUUCAUCGCGAGCUGCCACGAGAAGUUCAGGCUCGAGAAGCAGGAAUCCUACAGGAGGUACCAGGAGAUGCUUGCCAGAAGUGUCUAA